CAGUGCGUCCCGGACACCGGCAGUUUACCACAGCUUCACCGGUUUAACCUCGAUCGGUUUUUGGCGAAAUCGCCAUAUGAUAUAUGCACAACACCGGUUGACUCAUUUAUUCGAAUCACCAUGACCGUGUGAUCAACCGAGUCAUUCGAGAUUCACUGAGUCAUUUAUCGGUCAGGUCGGGUAAUAUUAAUCAUAUUCGAAUUGUUCGGAUAUAUUAUUUGAUGGCAGUGUCAGGGGGAGCCCGACGGAUCCCGAUGGGUGUGCGGACAUUCAGUGAGUUUCUGGAAAUAGCGACCGGCGGUCCGUGUCGAUCCAGCAGCCCGUAUAAAUGCAGAGAGAGAAUAAAACAGUGGCCCAUCAGACACUUGUCCUCCUGUGGGAUCUUGAUGACUCGUUCUCCUCGCACUUUUUGUCUCUCUGAAGUGGAUCUGGCUUCCUCUCAUCACAGAAGAUCUUUCAUCAGCCUCACCAAUAAGAGAAAAGAGUAUUCAGAGAGGAGAAUACUAGGGUACUCAAUGCAAGAAAUGUAUGAUGUUGUAGCCAAUGUGGAUGAGUACAAACUCUUUGUACCGUGGUGCAAAAAGUCACAAACCAUCAUGAGGAGGGCCGGUCACGCCAAAGCACAUUUGGAAGUGGGUUUCCCUCCUGUAGUUGAACGUUACACUUCAAUGAUAAGCCAUGUCCGUCCACAUCUUGUAAAAGCGGUGUGUUCGGAUGGUAAACUCUUCAAUCACUUAGAAACAAUAUGGCGAUUUAGUCCUGGAAUUCCUGGUUACCCUCGCACAUGCACAGUAGACUUCUCUGUCUCAUUCGAAUUCCGAUCAUUGAUACAUUCACAGUUAGCGACUGUGUUUUUCGACGAAGUGGUGAAACAGAUGGUGGCUGCUUUUGAGCGAAGAGCGGGUAAACUGUACGGGCCCGAGACGAGAAUACCCCGAGAACUCAUGUUUCACGAGGUCCACCAAACUUGAGGUGCACCAUCACACUGCUUUGAUACACACGUCUGUGUUUGGAUGUGUGUACAUUCACCUGGACUCAUCUGAAUCUGGAACUCCAUAACUAUCUCACAGCUAACUCUUUAAGACGGAAAAGAUAUCCCAAAAGAUUUCUGGUUUUUAUUACAUUGGAAUGGGACAAUAGAUCCCAUGUGCUUUUAGACAAUAUUCCAAGACAUCUGAAGUGUUGCAUCUUAAAAACGUGAGAAUAAAGAUAGAUUUGUCUGAAGUCUUCUUUAUAUAACCACAAUUCUUUUUGACUGUGAAUGAGGAUUUAUCCUAUUAUUGUAGCUCUGACUGAGCAGAUUUGAAAGUUGAGACACAAGUACGGUAAUCUAUACAAUACUAUACAUAUAGUCAAUAUACACUGUUUCAUUAUAGUUACAUCCCAUUUACUCAUUCUAUCCUGCUGUGGGUUUGUUGGGGCCAAAUCUGAUGAAAUGAUUGCGGAAACGUAAAAAAAAAGCGUAUUUAUAUGACUAGAGAGGGAAUUAAAAAUGCUUGCAUUUUUUCAUUAAUAUUCUCACAAUGACCUACUUGACUUUCACACUGCACUGAAUUUAUAAUAUUCAACUUAAGUGAAACUCUUAGAAAUGUGACUACACACAUAAAUGUAAAUAGUCUAAACAGGAAUUGCCUGCUCUAUACGGUUGGGUCAUAUUUCACAAAAUCAAAAAACAAAAGUUUCACUUUAUAUUAGGUGUCUUUAACUAUGUACUAACAAUAAAAUACGUAUUAUACAAUGUUUUGCUAAAUUCUCACAAGAUUCACAUGUGCAGCUACUGAGGUUGAGGAAUGGGUAGGUUUAGAAGUAGGGUAAGGGUUAUGGGGUACGGUUAAUCGUGUAGUUACAGAUAUAAUUAAAUGAACGUACAAUACAACAACACGUAUGUACGUAAUGAGUACAUUGUAUCAAAUGCUUAAGUACAUAGGAGUUAAAGACACCUAAUGUAAAGUAGGUCCAACAAAGCCUAUAUUUAGGACUAUUAAGAUUUAUUUUGCAUUGUGACAGUAUUUUCAUGACAAUUUAGCACAUUUGUACUUUAUAAUUUAAAUAA